UCCUACACAACAUGGCAUUUCGCGGCACACCACGAGGCGGUCGCGGCGGCGGCUUUGGCGGCGGCAGAGGCGGAUUUACUCCCCGUGGAGGACGCGGUGGAGCUGGAGCUUCAUACGGACCCCCAGACCAAGUUUUUGAAAUGGGCAAAUUCGUCCACGAUGUCGAAAACGAGAUGUUCUGCGAAUCGAUAAACGUCAAGAUCCCGUACUUCAAUGCGCCUGUUUACCUCGAGAACAAGACCCCUAUUGGCAAAGUCGACGAGAUCCUCGGCCCGCUGAACCAGGUCUUCUUCACCAUCAAGCCGCAAGAAGGCAUCCAAGCAAAGUCAUUCAAGGCUGGCGACAAGUUCUACAUUGGAGGCGACAAGCUUCUGCCAAUUGAUAGGUUCCUACCGAAACCCAAGCCAGUGGGUGGUACGGCGAGGGUCAAGAAGCCAGCGGGCGCAGGUGGCCGUGGUGCACCACGAGGAGGCUCCCGCGGCUUCGGAGGCCGUGGUCGAGGAGCACCAAGAGGACGCGGUGGACCCCCUGGACGCGGUGGAUCACGAGGCAGCUUUGGCGGAGGAGGCUUCAGCCGCGGCGGUGGUGGUGGCGGCUUCUCAAGAGGUGGACGUGGUGGUGGCGGCGGCUUUGGUGGACGUGGUCGAGGAGGUUACUGAGCGUGUCGUUUCUGACUCAGUCACGACUCGAAACCAGACGAGACAGGACAACGACGGUCCUUUGUCGCGGUACCAGUACAGCCAUCACGAUUAUCCUACCGAUACCAUGAUCAUUCGGCGGCGUUUGGGAGUUAGGACGGGCACUUGCUAUGGGAUGUCGAAAAUCUGGCGCCAUGUUGCAAAUAGCUCGAGACUGGUGCAAGGUCUAUUGCUUCUAGUCGAAUCAAAUUUUGAAAUCCAG